AGUUGUUGUCAUGGAGAUCCUAGACGCGGCCGUUUGAAAAGCUUUUCUGUGGCUCUUGGAGAAAUGGCGCCGCCCGUGCAGCGUCCUGUGAGGGGCCGAGUAGAGCCGGGCAGGGUCAGGACAAGCACGAUGGUGGUGAACCGGGCCGUGCUCGCCGAGAGGAACCCGGGGAGAGUCGCUGCUGUAGGCGCCUGGAUAGAGCCGGGGGACCCUGCAGCUGGAGGCCGGGCCUGGGUGCCUGCUGAGCAGAUUGAAGAACAGUGGAAUCAUUAUCAGAGGGAGAAGGAGCAGAGACUGAUUCGCUUUCAAGGGGAGGUGAAGCGAAGGGUUAAUCAGCAUGCCAAACAGUGCAGGAGCCAUCAGUUCCAGAAAUCCUAUGAUGCGGUCACAAGGGAGGGGGUUAUUGUCAAGCAGUCCUCAGAUGCCGCCAUGCCCUUUACACCAAAGAGAAACACCUGCUCUUAUCGCAAUAAACAAGUCGCCAUCUGCAGCCCUCGCAAGCACUGGGUGUCUGCUCAAAAGAUUUUUGAUGACUCUGAUGAAGAUCUCGAGGAAGGAGAUAAAAAUGGAAAUAAAUUAUUCUUACAGCAUGCGAAAGUACUCAAGAAUACAAUGCGGCAGGUGCGCGGAAGGCUGGCGGCUCUGAAGACAGUGGAGGCUGAGGAGUUAACCCUGCCUGGUGGUAUCUGGAAGGUUUCUCCCACCAGAGACAAUCCGGUGUCCCGCAGAUCCCCAGUGUUGCACAGCAUGGAAGCAGGGGAGGAUGACCUACCUCUAUGGGGACACCAUGACCUCCCUGUGGAGCAGCUAUCCUUAAAACCACAAGGACAGCUUAUUGAGAAAGAGAACUCCUUUCCAUCUGGAAAACAUGUGUGUAAUCGCCUCAUGAAGGAGUCGUACCCCGCUGGGCCAGCGCCAGUCUAUAACACAGAUUACCGCGCAGCUCUUGUACUUCGCCCGGGUGUUGAUGAAGAAGAGGAACGAAAGCAAAGGCAAAACCAGUACCUCAUGUACAGAAGACUUUUCAUGAACAUAGAGCGGGAGCAGGUGAAAGAAACACGGAGGCAGAAAGAGCAUGAAAGAAAAAUAUCCAAAAUUAAGAGGGAACGGGAAGCUGAACGUCUAAUGGAGGAACAACAAUUGCGCUUGUCUUCUCGCCCCAGUAUCCUUAGACAGGUUUGUGAGCUGGAGGAUACAGAGAAAGAGGCGACAGAAGAAAAGGAGAAGGCUCAGAAAGCCAAAAAAUCCAAUCGGUAUGUAGAAGCUUUACGGGCCCAGAUGAAAGACAAGCUGUUGUUGCAUAACAUUGAAUUGCCUCCUCUGUGCUGCUGUGGUUCAGAUUUCUGGGACUCCCAUCCAGACACCUGUGCAAAUAACUGUAUCUUCUACCAGAACCCCAAAGCGUACACCCGUGCCCUGCAGUCCGUGCUCUUGUCUCGUGACAUGUGGGAUGGAUCCUCGGGCUCCAGAUUUUCUGCUUGUAAUAUCAGUUUUGCACAACCACGAGCUCUGCUUCAGCUCCUCUUCCUUUUCUCGCGUGCAGGUCACUAAUAG